AUGGCCACGCUCAGCAUCGCCAAUUGGGCUGUGUCUCUAGAGUACACAUCUCUCCCAGAAAGUGUGACUCACGCUGCAAUACGCAGCUUCUACAACUGGACUGGCUGUGCAUUGGGAGGCUCUAACCACCGCACGACAACAACGGCACUCAAAGCCCUCUCACCUUUCUUUGGUCCGUCAACCUCCUCCAUCCUUGGACGUGCCAAUGUUUCUGAAGACUCGUUACCGAAGCGUGCGGAUGCUUCGCACGCUGCCUUGAUCAAUGGCAUUGCCUCGCAUGUGCACGACUACGACGACACCCAUCUCGAAACCAUCAUCCACCCGACAGGGCCCGUGGCAAGUGCCCUGCUCGCACAGGCAGAAGCGCAAGGCAACGUCAGUGGCAAGGAUUUUAUUCUCGCCCUCGUCGCGGGCAUCGAGACGGAAUGCAAGGUUGGAUUAGCGGUUUGGCCGAAGCAUUAUGAUAUCGGAUGGCACAUCACCAGCACCACAGGCUCAAUCGGGGCCGCGGUCGCAGUGGGCAAGCUUCUCAAACUCACACCUGAGCAAAUGGCUCAUGCGAUCGGUAUAGCCGCGACACAAGUGACGGGACUCCGCGAGAUGUUUGGCUCAGACACAAAGUCAUUUCACGUAGGCCGCGCGGCGCAGAACGGAUUGACGGCCGCAGUCCUUGCCUCGAAUGGGUACACGAGCUCUCUUCAAGCACUCGAAGCAAAACGUGGAUGGGCCCAUGUUGUAAGCGAGACGCAGAUACUGUCCGAGCAAGUAACGACACUGGGUUCUAUAUGGGAGAUUGAGAAAAACUCUUUCAAGCCAUUCCCGUGCGGUAUCGUCGUCCACCCAGUCAUAGACGGUUGUAUUCAGCUUCACAACGAGAUGACCUCGUCCGGGUACAAAGCGGGCGAUAUCGCAAGGGUUCACUGCAGGGUUCACCCUCUUGUACUUGAAUUGACAGGAAAGAAGACACCUCAAGACGGCUUGCAAGCCAAGUUUAGCGUCUACCACGGUGGAGCCGCCGGAUUGGUGUUCGGAAAAGCAGGCCCGGGAGGUUACGAAGACGCCGUUGUGAAGAGCGAUGAGAUCAUCACAGUCAGAGAUAAGAUUGACGCGUUUGCGGAUGCUAACCUCGGACCCGACGAGACUGUAAUUGUGGCUGAACUCAGAGACGGGACCAGCUUGAAAAAACAUGUCGGGCAUGCCAUUGGGAGUCUGGAAGUCCCCAUGACCGACGAGCAGUUGGAAGCAAAAUUUAUUGAUCAAGUCGGUCGAGUCUUGGGUUCGCAGCAGGCUUCAGAGGCCAGCAGAGCAUGCUGGGCAGUGGGGAGUGUUGGCAAUGUCGAAGAGCUUGUUCGGACGUUAUAG